AUGGAAUUACAACUUGGGAUACCUAAUAACAAUGAUUUGGCCAUUUUUCAACACAUAAUUGUAUGUUUGGGGACAGGUUGUGGCAAAACCCACAUUGCCAUGCUGCUCAUACACGAGCUGUCUCAUUUGAUACCUAAACCCCAGAAGAGCACAUGUGUGUUUCUUGCGCCUACUGUUGCACUUGUUCACCAGUUGACGAGGGUUAUAGAAGACUCUACUGAUUUGAAGGUGGGGAUCUUUUGUGGAGGCUCUACACACGUCAAGAACCCUCAUAAUUGGGAAAAAAGGAUUGAAAAAUAUGAGGUUCUUGUAAUGAGCCCCAAAUACUAUUUCAUACUUUUGUCAUCGCUUUAUCAGAUGGAGUUAAUUGCUCUUCUGAUCUUUGAUGAGUGCCGUCAUGCUCAAGUCAAAAGCAAUCAUCCUUAGGCUCAAAUAAUGAAAGAGUUCUAUGAACCUAAAGAGAUGAAAAUGCCUCGAAUAUUUGGCAUGACUGCAUCUCCAGUUGUAGGGAAAGAAGAAGAAGAUGUCUUGCAUGCUUUAUGGGGCUUCGUGGCUGCCAAGGAUAUUUGGUCAAGCUGUUCCCGAAUCUUUCAAAAGAUGAACAACAAUUUCACUGACUUCAGAGAGCUCGUUAUGGUAUUGCUGUCCAAACUUGAGGAAAAGUAUUUAGCUGAAUUUGGUGUGGUGGUCUCAAAAAUCUGGCAAAGGAGGAACGAGUUUAUUUUCAAACAUUAUUUGUCUACUCCAUCCCAGCUCAUUCACCAAGCAACUCAAAAACUGGACAUGUUAAAUUCCUUGACUCAAUCAAAGACCUCUCCAAAGGCGCACCCGCUGAAUUCGGAUCCCAGUUCACCUAGAUGGCAGCCACCACCUGAAGGUAUCUUCAAAGUUAACUGGGAUGCAAGUGUGAGAAAAGAAAAAGGCACAAUUGGGGUUGGAAUUGCAAUUCGGGACUGGCAAGGUAGAUUUCUGGCGACUAUGAGAAUGAAAAAAACCAUGCUGCCAGAUGCACACGUGGCUGAAUCUUUCGCAGCUCUUCAAGCAGUCACUCUAGCAGCAGAUAUUGGGAUCAACCAAAUAAUCCUGGAAGGGGAUGCUCUCCAAGUGUAUUCAGUUGAAGAUAAGUUAGAUCUGAAAAGAUUUGUAGCAUCACCUGUUGUAAAAGUAUAUCCAUAUGGUCCUGUUGUAUAUAUACGUGAUCAACCAUUUGAUCCCUGCCAAUUCUUUGCUUUGGGCUGUCGUUGCACUAAAAUUUGUAGGAAGGAAACAGAAAAAAAAUUCAUUCUAAAAAAAAGGUCAUGCAGCGAUGAUGCAAAUUCUGGUGAAAUCAGAUGUAGCAAAGGUCACCACUGGUUACAUAAGAAAACAAUUGCUGACGUUGUUGAAACCCUUGUUGGAGCAUUCAUAGUUGAUUGUGGCUUCAAAGCUGCAACUGCAUUUCUUAUAUGGAUUGGUAUACAAAUGAAGUUUGAAGGUUCACAAGUUACUAAUGCUUGCUUGGCAAGCCAAAGCUACUUGUCGCUGACUCCUUCUGUGGAUAUGCCUGCCCUUGACAAUUUGUUAGGAUAUCAGUUUCUCCAUAAAGGCUUGCUUUUACAGGCAGUUUUGCAUCCUUCUUACACCCAACAUGGUGGAGGCAGCUAUCAGCUAUGCACUAGAUUGAAGUUCCUUGGAGAUGCAGUCUUGGAUUACUUAAUUACUUUGUAUCUUUUUUCGACCUACCCAAAGUUGAAGCCUGGUCAGUUGACAGAUUUGAGAUCAGUGUUAUUGAACAAUAAGGCCUUUGCAAAUGUUGCCGUGGAUCGGUCCUUGCACAACUUUCUUAUGUUUAAUUCAAGUGGCUUCUCCGAGGCUAUAAACAAUUAUGUGAAGUUUUUAAAAACUUCUCCAUCAUCGAGGAAAUUAAUUGAAGGGANCAGGUGUCUUGGUGACUUGGUAGAAUCUUGUAUGGGUGGCAUCCUCCUUGACUCUGGGUUUAAUUUGAGCACAGUGUGGAAAAUAAUGCUAUCCUUUUUUGAACCAGUCAUGAGCUUUUCCGGCAUGCAGCUAAAUCCUAUUACGGAACUACAGGAAGUUUGCCAAUAUUAUGACUUGAACUUGCAGUUUCCAGCCAGAAAAAAAGGCGACAACUUUUUAGUUGAGGGAAAAGUAACUGGGAGAGAUCUACAGCUUUGCAUUGCUGCCUCUAAUCCAAAAAAAAAAAAAAAAGAUGCUAUUAGGAUUGCUUUACAAAAACUCCUCACAGAGUUGAAGGUAAAAGCUCCCAAGUCUAUACCUUUGGAGGAGUUUUUAAAAUAUUGUUGCAAGAUGGAAGCCAGACUGAUUGGAUUUGAUGAAACUCCCAUAGAUGUUGUUCCUGAUGAUUAUGGGUUUGACUCUGACAUCUGUUCUGAUGAUGUGUCCGAUAUUUCUUCACCCUCCAUUACUCCUGUUAAUAGAUGGAACACUGUUCAUGAUACUGUUCGCGGUUACUGUUCAUGGAAUUUUUUGUCAGUUGAUCCAAAGUAUGAUUGA